CCAAUAUGUGUCUGUUAAAACAAACAUUAAGAAGAAAAUCCGUAAUGGUAAGAAAGUAUAGUUUACCGCCGCCACCCAGCGGAUUUUGAGAAAUUGGGCCAAACUUAAAUGUUAGACACACGAAAAAGCCUAACCAGACUGUCCACAUUGUGGCGCUCAGGAGACAUCCGGCCAUUUUUGGCUGAUGUGCCCACAGUAUAAGGAAGCCCGCCAAGACCUCGGUCGUACUCUGAUGAUAGACUUUGCAAUCGUCCAAAAUUUAACACCCAUAUAUUGGGCAAGAACAGACCUCCCGCCUAGACAGCACGUGAAGGCCCUCGAACGCUUCGUAUAUCGCACACACCGCUUCGCCUAACUGCGAAACGGAGCGCAUCGGAGGAAAGGCGAUACGGCCAGAAUCUCCAUAUUAGAGAAGGGGGGAGACCCGGAAAACUCCAAGUGGUUAGCCCAACUGGUCGGGCUCGAAUCCGCGACGUUCGGGGUUUUAUCCACUCGGCCACCGGUGGACAAGAUGGGAAAAAUAUCACACAAGGAAAGAAGAAUGAUCAUCCGCUCUAUAAUAAUUUAGAAUUUUAAGCAAAAGGAUAAACGAGAAUUUUUUUUUUUAAAAGAAAAUUGCAGAAAUAUGGAAACUUUCUUAAACGAGUCUUCGAAUUAGUCCUUAUACUUGUAUUGGCAACGUUAUACUAAUUGUCAAUACAUAAACGCCAUCUAUUUACAGACACCAAUGUAUUUAAAUUGCUUCUUAUUACGUGUUAAUUUGUCACUUUUUAAAAUUAUUGUCUUUAUUUUGACUGGCUAACGAAAAUAACAACUAAAUUAAAAAAAAAAUUAAUAAAUUCUUAAAAUAAGUUGAUUUAGAAAGUGAAAGUAAUGUUACUCCCGUUAUCACGCUUUUCUAUUCGUAUGAACUUUUUUCAGUUGAUUAAAAUUGGUAGCAAAUAUAAUGGAGAAAUGUUUCCGUCGGCAAGGGUACGAUUAUGAAUUUGUCCCCAUUCUAGAUCUGAAAUUUGAAUGUCCUAUUUGUUAUAUGUGCCUAAGAGAUGCUGUCCAAACUUCCUGUGGUCACUUAUUCUGCCAGGAUUGCAUCCUACACUGGAUAAGUAAAGAAGAAAGGUGUUGUCCAUUAGAUAAACAAAUGUUAACGGAAGAGGAGAUUUUUCCCGAUAAUCAUGCACGUCGAGAAAUACAAGCUCUAAAGGUUCAAUGUCCUCAAAUUAAGAAUGGAUGCAAUGUCAUAACUGAAUUAAAAACUAUUGAGCUCCACAAGUCAACGUGUGGUUACGUAAUGAAUUUUUGCUCACUUGGCUGCGGAGAAAAAUUGUGCCGCAAAGACAUGGAUCAUCAUAGAGAAACGUGUACUCACUCUCCUAGUCAAUGUGCAUAUUGCCAAGAGGAAUUUCCUAGAGUAAAAAAAUCGGAACACUACAAAGUGUGCACUGCAUUUCCCAUUUCCUGUAAAUACUGUAAUAUUCUUGUAAGCCGAGGUGAUAUGGAUUGUCACAUACAGAAAGACUGUCCAAGAGUUAUUGUGUCCUGUCAAUUUGAAGAUAUAGGAUGCCCUUUCUCUUUGGUGGAACGACAAUAUUUACGUGAUCAUAAUUUAAAAAGUCUUGACAUUCACAUUAGUUUAUUACACAGAUCUUUAAAUAGAACUAUUCAAGAAAACAGAGAAUUAAAGAAACAUGUUAAAAGUGUUAAUGAAAGUAAACCAAGAAUGGAAAAUUUUGCUGCCUGUAGUUUGCAGUUAAAUCAAGAAUUAAUGAUACAAAAGAUAAAAGAUACUUUUGAAAGAAGGCUAGAUUCCUUAGAAAAACAAUUAGUUUCUAUAGAAGAAAAAUUAACCCAAGGAAUUUUUCACUGGAAAGUAAAUAACUUUUCUGUUCAUGAACAGAAAGCAUUAAAUGGUACAACUGUACAAUUAAAAAGCAAUCCUUUCUAUUCUAAUCUGUAUAGUUAUCGUUUGUUUUUAACAAUGACACUCAAAAAAACUGAAAGUAAUCACUUAAUGUUAUCUUUGUUUGUGCAUUUGAUGAAGGGAGAGAAUGAUGAUUUCUUACCUUGGCCAUUUUCUGGAAAAGUUGAUCUAAGUAUACUCAAUCAGCAGUCAAAUGCCAAUGGUGAAUUCCACAUAUUGAAAAGUGUGUGUUCUGAUCCAAUGCUCAAUGCAUCUCAAAGACCCAUCACAGAAUUUAAUUCCAAAGGUUUUGGAUGUAAAGAAUUUAUCGAAGUGUCAAUUCUCCACACACAAUCUUAUUUAAAAAAUGAUGCUUUAAUAAUCAGAGCAAAAAUCAGACCAAAUGUAACUUUAUAAACAUAUAUUGCAAUUAUUUUUUAAAGAAAUUUUUGAUAUACUGUAUUUUGUAACAUUGACAAAAUAAAAUAAAACAAAACAUCCAGGAACUUCAAUUUUGUAAGUUUUAUCGUAAAAAAAUUAUUUGUAUGUUCAGUUCUUAACUUUUCAAUCAGUAUCAAUAUGUAAAUUAAUUUGUUGUUUGUUCUUUUAAAACUUAUUUCAAGAAGAUUUUAUAAUUAUACCUUAUUUUGUGCAAUAUAAAUAAUACCAAAAGAAACAUUCAAAGAAAAUGUAUACAACUUUUUAGCACCACAGGCUAAAAAGAGCU